AUACUUCUACUGAUCUGCAUCGGUCCUGUAGGAUACUUUCUUAACAACACGUCAGACUAUGAUUAUGACAAGAAAGACAAUCUGAAAUUCUUCAUUGGCGCAGCUGCAGCAGCAGCAGUCAUUGCAGUGCUGUUCUUCCUAAUAUUUCUAACUGGGCUGCAUAAGAAAAUCGAUGCUUUUAACUGGGCUAAGACGGUAAGUAUUCCCAUUGAUCAUUUGAAGAAUUGGUCUAACACAGGUUGUCUCAAAAAAUGAUCUCAUUCUAUUUUGAGGUAUAACAAUCAGUGGUGUACAAGGGGGGGGGGGAGGGGGUUCAGCCCCCAUGUUAGAUGCUCAGGGGGUCUAAAACGCCCUUGUUUAAAAUAUCACGCCAGUUUGGGGUAUUCACAACCUGGAAAGGUCUUUGCAACUGUAGUGUUGAAACAAUUAUGCGGUAAUGAUGUCAGCAAUAUGUUCUUGAUUACUAUGAUCCUACCAUUAGGUCAUGUAUAUGACUCCAACAUGAAAUAGCUUCAGUAUAUUGGAAUAUUUUAUUUGAAGUUAAGUCCUUUCUUCAAAAAACACUACUUGAAGAAUUACUAGAAGCCAAAAAUAAAUGUUGGACGCAUGCACCCUCCACGCCUUGUCACCCCGCUCUCCCCCCUUCCCUCACCCGUCAAGAGCCCCCCUUGUUAUCAUUUCAGUUCUACACCACUGAUUGUUAUGUUAACUUUCUUAGAAGUUUAUCUUUACUACUUUAAUAGUUUAAUUGACAUUUUGCUUAUGAAAAUACCUAUAAAAAUGAAGAAUAUAAUAUUAGUUUAUAAACCGCGAAAAGCCAUUUGGAGAUUUUAAUUAAUUAAUCAAUAGAAGAUAAAAUGACAUUUUAUGAUGAAAAUCGAUUGUUGCGUUUAGGUCACGGGCAUAUUUGUAAUUCUGGCUAUCGUACUGCUGGUUGCCUCAUCGUUGGUGGCAGACACAGUCAGCUAUUAUAAGUCUUCUGACAUCGAUGACGGGAAGAUUGAUUUUUGUCAAUUUUUUGAAAAUCACGACAAGAAAUAUCGUUGUGGUCAGCUGACCACAGGAGCUGUAAGUCCAUUUCUUUGAUAUAAACAUCUUUAUAUAGCCUGUGAUACGAAAUACGCUUUAGAAACACCAAACGGCAGACGUAUUUUUAUUCGUAUGUAUUUUUACUUUUUAAUGCUCAUCCUCGCACUGUUAGUUGCUUGGAAAAUAAGAAAGUGUUCCUUUAUUAACUAGUUAUAAAUGAAGGUGACUUGUAGCUAGCAAGACACUGACUCACUCAUUCAUGACCACUGCGACGGCCAUUAAUUGAUACAACGAAUUUUAUAAUAGUUUCUAGAAAAGAAACGAAUAAUCUACACGUCGUUCUCGUUCUGUUUACAACAGCAAACCAAACGUUUUCACAUCUAGCUUGUAUGGUGUUUUAACGUGUCGUCACGUACGGCGGCCUGCAACAGAGCGCGGCCGCAAUAACUUUAUAAUAAUGCUAAUAAUGCAUAAAAUUUGUUCGUUUGAAGUUAUUUAUCCUUCAACAAGAGAAUACAUGAAAUCACUCUAUACAACGUUUUAAGGCGCAAGAAGUCUGAAAAGUGGUAAUUGAAAAAUUAAUUAGCCUGCGAAUACAGACGCCUCACAUCGGGCGCUACAUUUCGCCCGAUGUGAGGCGUCUGUAUUAUCUACAUUUCUGCCCGAUGUGAGGCGCCCGAUGUGAGGCGUCUGAGGCUAAAAAUUAAUUGGCUUGCAUGGGAGAGCCAAAACCAGCUAGGGUCAGCUUCACAAUUUUAGUUUUUACAUUUAGAAUAGCUCAGAAUUGAUUUGAUUCUGUGUUGUGUAACAAAUUACUAAAUUCCAUUUUAUUUCUACCAUCAGGUCUUUGGUUUCUUGGCUAUG